AUGGAGGGCAUCACGUCGCUCAACGUGGCCAACAACUCCUUGACCGGCCACAUCGCCACCACCCUCUCCCGCCUCUCCCGCCUGCAAAUUCUGGAUUUAGGGUACAACAGAUUGGAAGGAUCGCUGCCCUCAUGGAUCACAGGCAUGCCCAAUCUCACACACCUCGACGUGAGUCACAACAAGUUCACCGGGUUGCUGCCUGCUGGUCUCGGCGGCCUGCAGCAGCUCACCUUCCUCGAUGUGUCCAGCACAUCACUCAUAUGCCCUGCUGACGCCUCCACCUGUGUGGUCUCUCAGUCACCCAACUCCUCCUUCUGUCGCCUCUGCCCCUCCUUCUGCUCCACGUGCUCCAAUCCUGCUGGUGGUGCUGCUGCAGCUGCACCACCCCCCCCCACGGCCAGCUCCACAGCGGACCAGUCCGGCCUGGCCACAGCAGCAAUCAUUGGCAUCGUGGCCGCGGCACUCCUCCUGCUCUUGCUGCUCCUCGCCGCAGCUUGGUGGUCCCUCACUCGCUCUCGCCGCACCAAGCCCGCCACAGCUGCAUCCCCACGGGCCGAGGGCGCGCCCAGCAGCACCACAGCAUGCCAGCAGUUCCCCCUCGACGCAGUCACGCGCGCCACCAGUGAUUGGGCCACGGCCAACCUGCUGGGCGCGGGCAGCUUCGGCGACGUGUACAAGGGGGUGUCGCCCCUCGAUGGCCGCACGCUGUGUGCCGUGAAGCGCGCCAAAGUCAUCACCAGUGAUUUCAAGAGGGAGGUGGCCCAGAUGGCCACGAAGCACCACCCCAACUUGGUGCGGCUGCUGGGGUUCGCAGUGGGAGGCGACGUGCACACGCGAGUGGAGAACGUGUUGGUCUACGAGUUCGUUGCCAAAGGGGACCUCGAGCACUGGAUGGGCUCAGACGCGCCCACACCGCUGACCCUGCAGCAGAGGCUGGACAUUCUGGUGGGGGCGGCGCGUGGGGUGGAGUAUCUGCACUCGUUUGGCAUCGUGCAUCGCGACAUCAAGCCCGCCAAUAUCCUCCUCGAUGCCCACAUGCAGCCCAAGGUCGCUGACUUUGGGCUCGUGCGAGGGGGGGAGGGCACAACCAUGGGGUCGACGAGGGUGAUGGGCACGGUGGGCUAUGUGGACCCCGCUUACACCAGGACGCACACCACCACCACCGCCACCGACCUCUACAGCUUCGGUGUGUUGAUGCUGACAGUGCUGUCGGGGAGAGCAGCCGUCAUCACGGAGGCGAAGGAGGGCGAUGGCCCCGGGCACGUGCAUGAGGACCGCGAGCCCACCACCAUUAUUCAAUGGGCGAGCGAGCUGCUGGCAGCAGAGAAGGCAUGGAGUGUGGGGGAUGCGCGCAUGGCAGCACCAGAGGCCAUCAUCACACACAUCGCCCAGCUCGCCAUCAGCUGCACUGCCAUGCCCACCGCCUCACGCCCCUCCAUGUCCCAAGUAGCCCAACACCUGGAGGCAAUGAGGGCAGAGCUGGGAGGAGGUGUUGCGAGUGCCUCGGGUGCAGAGAUAGUGGAUUCGAUGAUUGAGAGUGACAAGCUUGAGAGGACCAUAGACGAGGAUCUGGAGCUGCUCAACGCACAGUUUCCAUAG